AUGUCAGAUUCCAACAUAACCGACUUCACCAACCCCUCCACCUUCAUCCUGCUGGGCAUUCCUGGCCUGGAGGCAGCCCAUGUCUGGAUCUCCAUCCCUUUCUGCACCAUGUACAUUAUAGCCAUCUUGGGGAACUUCACCAUCCUUUUUAUCGUGAAGACGGAGUCGAGCCUCCAUGUCCCCAUGUACUAUUUCCUCUGCAUGCUGGCCAUCACCGACCUGGUCCUGUCCAUGUCCACCCUACCCAAAAUGCUGAGCAUCUUCUGGUUCAAUUCCAGGGAGAUCAAUUUCAGUGCCUGCCUCACCCAGCUGUACUUCAUUCACUCCUUCUCAGGGAUGGAGUCUGGGAUCUUUGUGGCCAUGGCUGUUGAUCGCUAUGUGGCCAUCUGCAAUCCCCUGAGACAUUCCACCAUCCUGACAAACCCUAUGGUGGCCAAGAUCGGCCUGGCCAUUUUGCUGCGGGGUGGCAUGCUUGCACUGCCCUAUCCCUUCCUGGUGAGGCGAUGGCCAUAUUGCAGAACCAACGUCAUCCCCCAUACGCACUGUGAGCACAUGGCCGUGGUGAAGCUGGCCUGUGCCGACAUCCGUGUCAGUAGUUACUACGGCCUCUUUGUGCUAUUGUGUGUGCUCUGUCUGGAUGUGUUUUUUAUCACAGUGUCCUACAUCCAGAUCCUCAGGGCCAUUUUCAGACUCCCCACAAAGGACGCCCGGAUCAAGACAUUUGAAACCUGCUUCUCCCACCUCUGCGCCAUCUUAGCCUUUUACAUCCCAGGUCUCUUCUCAUCCCUCAUGUCCCGGUUUGGCCAGAAUAUGGCCGUGCAUUUCCAUGUUCUCAUUGGCAAUGUGUACCUCCUGGUUUCCCCCUUGCUAAACCCCAUCAUCUACGGGGUGAGGACCAAACAGAUACGGAACAGGCUGCUCCAUUUCUUUACUCAUAAAGGGACCUAA